CCACGAAACCACGCUGCAACAGGUCAAAGGGUAGGUUGUAGUCCCGCAAUCUUUCGAGUAUAGACUGAAAACAUCCCAACUACAAGAAGGUUUACUCUCUUCUUUACUUAUUAUCUCCUUCUUCCUGCUUCCACAAUAUCUCACUUUCGCGAUACCCCUCUCUCGGCAUCGGAAGCCGGUUAAACUCACCUGGGUAAAGUCAACAAAGCACCAUUUAGCUCUCAACUCUCACAAUUGCUGUGACAAAAGCUCCCCAAACUCAAUCCGGAAGCAAUCAAAUACAAAGCAAUAUGUCAGGUAAAAUAGCUUUUCUUGGCCUCGGAGCCAUGGGCUUCGGCAUGGCCACCAACCUCAUCAAGAAAGGCUUCCACGUCACUGGCUUCGACGUCUACGCACCCACUCUCGAACGCUUCACAGCCGCUGGCGGACACACCUCCUCCACACCCAAAGGAACAGUUAUAGAUGCCCAAUAUGUCGUCUUCAUGGUCGCCACGGCAGCGCAAAUUCUCACCGCGCUGUUCGAUGAUGACAGCGGCGCAAUCCAUAGUCUAGGAAAGGGAGCAACCGUCAUUCUCUCGUCGACUGGACCACCAGAACACGUGCCACUUGUGAGAAAGCUGCUCGACGAGAAAUAUGGUAGACAGGAUAUCGAACUGGUUGAUGCACCAGUCUCGGGAGGCACGAUUCGUGCUGCGAACGGGACUUUGACCAUCCUAGCUGCUGGGCCCGAAAGUGCUAUCGCAGCAGCGAAGCCGGUGCUGGAUGCUAUGGCGGGAGAGAAUCUGUAUAUCAUCCCUGGAGGCUUGGGAGCAGGCACGAAUGUGAAGAUGGUGCAUCAGGUGUUGGCGGGUAUUCAUAUCACGAUGACGAGCGAAGCCAUGGGAUUUGCGGCUGCAUUGGGACUCAACACUAAGCAAGCGUUUGAAAUCCUGAGGAAAGGCAGGGGCAGUAGUUGGAUGUUUGAGAACCGGACGCCGCAUAUGCUUGUUCAGGAUAAAACGGUGUACUCAGCGCUGAAUAUUAUCGUGAAAGAUAUUGUGAGUAAUAGUCAUCCUUCAAAUGGGCUCUCGCUCUUUCAUUCCGAGCUCUGCUUGGAUACUAGAUAUAUCAGCUGUUUCUGUAAACAGGGUAUUGUGACUUCUGGUGGUCGCUCAGCCAACUUCCCACUCUUCCUCUCUUCAACAACCGAGCAGGUCCUCGCAGCAGGUGUCAGCGCCGGUCUAGGACUUAUCGACGAUGCCGCUCUCGUUGGAGUUUACCUCCCACAAUCCCCAUCCGCUAUACUUAAACUCGCCUCCUCGCCCGCAACCUUCGCAGCUGAUGACUCCAAGAUUCUUCUCGUGGAGAAGAUCAUGGCAGGUGUGCACCUUGCCGCUGCAGCAGAAGCGAUGUCUUUAGGUGUGAAGGUUGGACUGGAGGCGAAGAAGCUGUUUGAGAUCAUCUCCACGGCUGCUGGGAGUAGUGCGAUGUUUGUGGAGGGCGCAACGCAGUUAUUAAGUGGCGUCUGGAAAGAGGGGAGUAGCGUGGAUGACGUUAUUGCUGAGUUGACUGAGGCGGUAGAAGAAGCUCAUAAGCUCAAAUACCCGCUCCAUCUCACCGGAACAGCUUUACAGCUCUUCGAACUGGCGAAACUGAAAGGAUUAGGUAAGGAGCCUGGGAUUGCAGUAUCGAAAGUAUGGGAUAGUGUCGAUGGGCCUUAUUUCCCUCGAGCACAAGUUUAGAAGUAUCCCCAAUUGCUUGGAGACGAUCACCAGAAAACCGAGAGAUUGCAGAACUUGCUCAAAUGUAAUCUGGAAGGCCCAUUGUAUAGUUUUCCAGAUAGAAUGACUGUUCCUAAAGCUGUCGCUAAGAUUCGAAAAUAAUGUCUCGAAUUCCAUGUCUUGGCUUGGAAUUACGGAUGUCGCUCCAUAAGCGAAUUCCUGAAAGUCAACAACGGCAAAAGGCCGAGCCAAUGUGACAUUUCAUGAAGAAGUGCCAGAGUUAGAGGUUUCCUAGAGAACAAGAUGAUUUUCCAAACGAUAUUUCUGGGAUUUAUCGCAAGGCUGUUCAAAGUGUAGCGUUCAUUGUUGGAAGUCGGAGCCGGAGUUGGCGUUCAUCAGGCUACAUUACUGCAUAGAGCUGCAGCUAAUGGGAAAAUCGCGACGUGCAACAUUUUGUCCCAAUAUGGAAGUUCCGCAACACAGAACUUGAUUUUGUUUGGACACCGAUACCUUGAUUUUUCAAAUCUGAAUCUUCAAAUCCUGAAUGCCGGUACAUGAG